AUGAGCACGCGAACAGAAGAACACGGCAAGACCCCCGAAAAGGGACCGGGUCCGUGCACAAUGGGUCGUCCCGCUUUGCCUUGUCCGAGAAGUGGCUUUAUGUUUUGCUGGAUAGCCGGAUCUACCUGUGUUGAAGAAGGGAAAACAGCUGAUAGAAACAUUACCACGGUUGCUGAGAGAGCGGAUAAUACCUCCGUUCGUCGAACUUUCUAUUCGGGAGAGGACGCGACAGAUACGUCUCCUUCGAGGGUUGGUGAUGUAGUGCGGGGUUUGGAUAAGAUGGCGCCGGAGGUAGAAGACUUGCAUGUAACUCGCGCUCACGGACGCAACUGCGACGUUCGAGUCGGGCAGUUCUAUGAGAUGCCCCUCUCACCCAGGCUAUUGGUCGCAGACACUUGUACAACAAGCUUCAGCAUUCAAAGCAUGGCCAUCGUGGCUGGAGCAUUUACUCGUACCGGCCGGUCUCCUGUGCGCACCACAAGCCUGGCCAGUUGGCAAGCCUGUACAACCACAGAAUGGUGCCAUGCUAUUGCGAAAUUCGGCGACUCUGGAAAGUUGGCAUGUAACUGA